AUGCCAUCUUCAAUGUCUGAUAACCUCGGUGUAUAUCUCUUGGGUGACAAUGUAUAUGAACCAUCUAAACCUUCGGCCGCUAGCAACCUGCUAGACAUUUACGGGCUCAGCCCAUUGGCCGCCUCGGUCGCUCGCUUUGACCCCGUGACGGGCGAAAAGCGUAAGCUUCGUAAGUCCUAUAAGAACCACAUUAUGGAUCUGCCCGGCAAGCACGAGAUUCCUCCACGAGGUGUCGACCAACCAGGCAGCGUGUCUACGUCCCGCGCAGACGAGGCGCCCACCCUACUAUCCAUUGUUUAUUCAACCCAGAGCCAGUACCAAAAUCCCAUCCCCGUCUUGUCCAAGGAGGCGGCACGCACUGCGCCCGGCGAGGAGUACAAGUACAAGUACCUCCAGCCCUACGAGCCUGAUCUCCUCAAGCGGGCCUUUGGAGGUCUGGAAAAAACCCCUGUUAGUGGGAUACCUGACUUUGAUGUGUCCAAGUUGGCGAUACCGCCUGUAAGCAGGUUCCCUACAGAAAAUGGCAAUUCUGGAGUGCAACCCCAAAAUGGAUACAACAUACAACAACAGCAGCAGCAGCAGCAGCAGCAGCAGCAACAACAACAACAACAACCACAACAUCAACAUCAACAACCGCACGGCCACCACCAAAACAUUCACAGUAAGUCCAACGGAGGAACACCGGCAUUAUCAUCUUCAUCAUCCACACUGGGUGGGUCUUUGAUGAGGUCAUCGUCGUCGUCAUCGUUACAUUUUAGCAAUAAGUUGCAUUCGAAUUCUUCACCCGCUCUGUCUUCAGCAGCGGCAGCCGCAGCAGCGGCCGAGUCUUCUAACGAAGACGCCACAGUCAUGCGCAUCUCGCUUAAGAAGAAGAAGCGGAAAGAGCGCACACACACAUCUGUUUCGCCCACAUCGUCGACGGGAGGAAUGGGCGGCAGUAGUAGCGGCAGCGGGUCUGCGGCAGUGGCGGCCGCAGCUGCGGUUGGAUUAGGUAUGGAGGGUCAUCAUCAUGACGCCAAACGCAGAAAAACAACAGCCAUUACUACCAACUAA